GAAGCAAGAAAAUCAAACAAUACAUAGAACGAUUAUUCAAUAUAGAAUACGAUAAUACAGACAACUAUUCUGGAAUACUGGUUCAGUAAGGAUAAUCCGCUCCAGCCGCCAGAGCAUAUCUAUUCCGUAGAAGCUUUAAAAUGUUACAAUCUGAUGCUGGUGAAUGCAGUAGACUUCUUUUUUUUCGAUAAAAAGAAUGCAAUAGUCGGUAAACAACAACUGACUUUACGUGAAUUAAAGUUCCAUAAAUGCCCAAACCCAACGACCACAAUGUCUCUGUGUAGGUGUAUGGGGCGCAAAAGCUCCAACAAACAUCCCCCUGCUUUUGCUUGAAAGCUUUUCCAAUUUUCGCAAUGUAGGUCAUUCGUCUCCCUUCGUCUCUGACGUCACUGUAUUGGCUGUAUGAGGGAAUUAUGUUUAGCAAUGGCAUUGCUGGCGAGAAAAGGGCAGGAGUUUGGGCUAUAUUUAGGAAGGACAUGUUAAGCAACCUCGGUCUUCUGCUGGAGCAUUGCUAGCCACUGGCUGAAGCGACGGUGAGCUCGUCGUCAUUAUGAGUGCUACUCGUCAUAGGUAAAAGUUAAAGCUUUUUUUUGUUUAUCCCGGGAAGCACGGAGAGAAGAAGAUGGCAAAGGGAAAGAUCACCAGGAUAUAGUAAACCACAACAAAUAGCCGCCAGUUAGAUGUACACAACAGGCUAGAACAGUGCGGUAUUGUAACUAGUUGACUGUUGACUAGCUUAAUCGUUACUUAGCGUUCAAGUAGAACUGCGACGACGCCAUGCCGAUGAUCAUGGGACCGUUUUUUCCCAUCGCCCGAAGGCACUCGCUCAUAGCAGAUGGGAAAAAGAACAUAUUCUAACACAGCAAAACGUCAAACUGAGCGAUUCGCUAAAUUAUUCAACAGAUGCCCCUCUCUGCUUGAACACAUUCGUAGGGUCGAAUGAAAGCAAACACACUGGAAUCAAAAUCCGGCACUUUUGGGUUGCAAAAGAUGGAGAAAAUAUUAUAUUUCAUUCUAGACUAUGAUUCAGAUCGAUGGGACAAUUUUCUAAGCCGUUAACAUCAAGUAUGAAUUUGUUACAAAGAGCGCAAUAUUUCACAUUACUGAUUUUUAUAAUUUUAGCCCGAAAAAUAUUACUGCAUUUGAUGAAACUGAACAUCGUAUGAAUCAAAGUUUAUCAACAUUGAGUAAAAAAAAAACACAACCUAUUGGAACCAAAACCCACCCAAACGAUGACGUUCGUUGUGCGGUGGGGUUCAUUCAUUAUUCAUCGUCGAGCAAAUGAGUUUCAUUCACCUUCCAGGCGAGGUAUGUCACAUUAGGGGCCACCACAAACGCCACGGAGGCAAAAGCGAGAACAGGAAAUAAUUUCCGCACCACCUUAAACGAACAACAUAGAAGCCAACAAUCAAAACCGUGUACCUCGUUUUAGGCUACACCUGCCCGUCCAUUGAGAACUGAAAAAAGCAGUAUCGAAAACAACGUUCCGCUAUCAUUGCUAACCAAACGUAGAGUCAACUUGUUCUUUUGCGCAUACCGACAACAUCAAUCACGACCGCUGCUGCUGCUAUAUGUAUGUAACUAGAUUCACAAACUAACCCCAAUAAAUCGAAUUAGCUGUCGUUCCCCUCCGUCUCGUUCAUACGCCUCUAACACUAAUCGCAAUGGUUUUGGCGAUCCAAACACGUCACACAGCCAACAACAAGCAAACUGCCGAUAGCACCCAGAGAGCUAAACAUGCAUGCAGUUUAUAAAUGAACAGUGAAAAGGGCGUGUAGGAGAGCACAGGAGAUGGGUUAACAGUCGCUGAACCACAACCUCCACAUUGCAGAGGACAGAACAGGCAACGGAAAACUCAUUAUAUGACCAACCUACAUAUUUGUUGAUCGAUUUUAUUACAUAUUUCCACCAUGAAAUUACGGAAAAGCUCGUGGAAGCCAAGAUGCACAAAGAAUAUACUUCAAUUGCCAGCCAAGGCAUUUUUCGUUGUUUAAGUGACACUUAAGUAUUCGAUAUUUAAUCUGGAUCAGUUCCAAACGAAUCGGGUAGAAUAGUGCUGGUAACAUUGGAUUCGAUACAAUAUGUGCAAAACGGUUGAAAAUGUCUAAUUUUUAACCAUUUAUGCAUUUAUCAGAUGCAUUUUUUAAACAUUAUUAACCGCUUAGACACGACUAAAGCGCGCAUAAUGAAGCAUAAAGAUCCAAAGCAUCCGAUGAUUCACUGAUUUGAGUUGUGUACGUACAGAAUUUAGGGUCAAACAACCUCGCCACCGCAAACUGCUCCUUUACCACCUACUGUGCAAGGAAGGUGUGUCAUCAUAGCAAUGAACGUAUGCGAACAACACUUGCUCAGUUCGCUCAUAGACAUUUUCUGGGCCCUACACGCACGCACCCUACCCAACUAUAGGCUGCUGCUGUCUGGCUGUUUCUGUUCCGGUGCUUAUUUUUAGUGCUGCACACAUUUUGUUGCUUCAUGGAUGCAUCCAUGACACGAUGAUGGCUCGCACAUAUGGGGCGCGGAUGCCGACAAUUGCAACACUGCCAACAAGAAUGAGCGAAUUUUCUCUUAGUGGAAAAAAUGAGGGAGAGAGAGAGAGAGCCAUAGCUAAUUUUCUAUGUUUCGGGAUUGGGGAAACUCUCCCGCCAUCUGGAUCACUCCGAACCGUACACCAGCAUCAAGCUCCCAUUUUGGGUACGGCAUUACUUGCUCUCUUAUUCCAGCAUAACCGAACGGCAUAUCCGACGAAGCAUAACCAGUGCCAUAAGAGAGUUCAGUUUCCCAGCUUUGCUCAGAACGUUGCUUGCUGGCUAUGUUUUAUACGGGGCGAGCCCUCCACACAAUAUAUACAUGUAUAUAUAUAUGAAUGUUGUAAAUGUAUUGCUUCGCAGGCCAGAUCGGCAUACCAGACUGGCCAGUUAGCAUGGAAGAUUCGUCACGUUCGGGUGUGCUUAUCGGUGCUCACGUUUCGACGUUUUAUUUUCAAGACUGAAAGACGGCCGAUGGCGUACAAGUAAUAAUGAUUUUUUUGCCUGCAAUAGCAAGAAUUCAAGUCUGCCGUAACAAUCAAUUGGUUACUAUUAUCGGGGCUGUGGAACUGGUCGGUUAAUGUUUUGCACCGGAUACACAACUAUUUUCGAUCGUGUUUCAUUGUACGCUGUGCUGUGGUGGUGCCAAUCGUGACCUCCCCUUUACGGACAGAGUUGAUUGAGCAUACUGAGCUGACUAUUGCACCGUUGCAAAUCAUUAGGGGAGCUCAUCGCUAUAGAAAUAUCAUCGAUAAAAAAGAACCCUUUAUAAUCAACUAGAAACCACAAAAAACCAUGUCGGAUACGGAGGAAGAUUCUACAUGCUCGGACAGUUGGCCGAUCACGGAGGACUGGUUGAUAGAAGUGCUUAAGAAGCAUCACGAGGUGCGGUCUGGGAUAAAAAUUACCGACUUUAAAGUGAAACAGGGCUGCCAGGAUGGGGUAAAUAAUUUAAGCGACAUUCUAUCCGUAUCCGUGGUCUAUGAAUUUGAAAAAGAUAUCGAACCAGGCGUUAGUCAAUCCUUGGACAUUGUGAUAAAGCUGCUUCCGCAGGAUCCAUUCAGUCGGUACUUCGUGACGGAGGCACAGUUCGACCUUAGGGAAAUCAAAUUUUAUACCAGUAUUCUUCCAGAUCUUCUGGCAUUUCAAGAGCAGUAUAUCCCAAAGGGUGUCGGCAGUAUGGUGAUAUCAGUGCCAACCUGUUUCUACACUCAGUAUGCACCCAUCGGCAGUAACACUACGACUUCGCCUAGCAGUCCAGACUCUACGGAGAGCAUACUAGUACUGGAGGACAUGCGGUCCCUCGGUUACAAGGGAGCUAAUUUUACGACCGGACUUACUCUUGGUCAAACGGAAGGAGCCAUACGUGCCAUCGUUACAAUACACGCGCUCUCCCUUGGGCUUAAGAUAAAAAAGAAGGUAGAUCUGAACGAGAAGUAUCCGUUUCUCUUUCAAACGACACGGGCAACGGAGAGCUACCAACAAUUAGUCGAACAAGGAAUGCCUCAACUAACCAAGUUUCUUGAGCACAAACCUGGGUUUGAAAAUGAACUAAAAGCGCUGAGCAAAAUUCGUCCAAAAACGAAAUUUCUGAUUGAAACGCUUCUGCAGCCAAUCGAGCCGAUGGGACUAAUUACACAUACGGACUUUUGGUGCAACAAUUUGCUGUUCCGCAGUGAACCGGACGAAGAACGUACCGACAGUUGCACUAUUCUAGACUGGCAAAUGGUUACAUAUAGCCGUCCAACGAACGAUCUUGCCUUGCUGCUGAUUUCGUCCAUUCCGUCCAACACUCGACGUCAGCACACGUCCCGACUCCUUGACCUCUACUAUGGGGCUCUCAAGUCCUACUGCCUUAAAAUGGACGUCGAUAUUGAGGCGGAUCUCGGAUACAGUCGCAACAAGAUGGAGUGCGAGUAUCGGCAAUCAUUACUACUAGCGUUACUAUUAUGCAUUGGAUCGGUAGAUAUUGCAAUUGGUAACGCGGCAGCGGAGCAGCGGCUGCUGGAUGUUUUGCGAGACUUUUACGAAGAAGGCAUUCUGAGUCUCGAAGGCUAUGUUUAAAACUCACAUCACACAGCAUGUCAUGUUGAUUGAUCUUUUAUUAUUCACCGUUUAUCCAUUCAUCCAAAGAAGUUUAUGGCCGCAAAUGCGAACAUACAUGUUUUAGGUCAAUUGCGCACUCUUCUUCAAAUGAAAGACACGUUGCUACACUCGAAGAAUGAUCAAUUUAUUCCUGAAAAUGAAGUUACUAGCGGUCGAUUAGCAAAUAUGUUAUGUGGCCAUUCGAGAGUGGCCUAUGUGUAUAAUUUUAAACAUUCUGCUGGAAUACAGAGACAACACACAAGUCGAGUAGAAAUCAACUCGACACAUGCACUCAAGCGUACUGCUAUUUAAAUUUUACUGCAGGGUUGGUAGAUUAGUAUGUGUAAGUACAUAUUCAUGAUACCGAGAAAAAAAGCUUUUAAUAAAAAAAACAUCUGCUAAAGCAAUUACAAUGUUUAAAUAAAGUGUUGACAACAAAACAAUACUGUUUAAUAAUUAUAGUUAUAAUAUCACAGCACCGCGUAUAUCAUCCUACAAAAUAUAAUUUCGAUUCAUUUUUUUUCAAUUUCAAAACAAUUCAAUUCAAUUUCAAAGACGGUAAAAGGCAGCUUUCGGUCAAUAAAAUGUGUAUGAAAAGAAAAGAAAGAAGAAUGCGUGGCACUACUCCGUAUGGUAUCUGAUACUAUUUUCACCAUAGUUAAUGAAUGAUACUCAGCGCUAAACAAACGAAGUAUUUUAAAGGCCUUAUGUUCUUUAGUUUAUCCUUUCUAUUCUAUUUAGAAUCAAUACACGUCAGCAACAACAUGACUAGCCCACCACUGCCCAGAGAGUAUACUGCAACAGCACAGUAGCUGAUUCGUGAAACCUCUAUAGCAGAUGUGUCAAACUCAUUUGUUCGGUGGGCCACUUGUUAAUCCAAAAAUCCAUUCGAAGGCCGGAUUAUAUACGACUAAUAUUGAUGUUCUAUUUUCAAAUAUAGACUGGAUUAAUCAUAGCUUCAUAGCGUCACGGGUCGCAUACAGAACCCUCAACAUAUCUGCUCUAUAGGAUCUCAUUCUACUUUCAAACACACAAGGGGUUGGAUGGACGCCAGACGAAGAGUUGGACUGAACUCAAUAUGUGAAAACAAAACAGUGUUUUACAUAUUCACUGGUUCUAAUGUUUCCACAGGUGUUUUUUGAGGGUCUGAAUAUGAGUAUAGCUUCAAUUUAUUGAAGUAAGCGUCCUCGACAGCCAUAUUGUUGGCUAGGUAAAUCUUACCUCGCCUUAUUUGACAUACAAUAUUUCGUAGGUCGGAAUUUGUUAGUUUCGUAGGUGCUGCUGCUAUCAAUUUGGUCUUUUGCUUGGUACCCAAGGUUUUGUUGAUCAAAAUCAUUUUUUUAACAUACAUUCUUUUGGAAAAUACGAUCAAAGCCGUAAUAAUGUAAAUUUAAAUAAAUAAACAUACAUCUUUUACUGGUAAUGUCAUAAACAUGUUGCACAGGUUGGUCAAGAACUCAAAGACUUGUUCAGGCCAUUCACAAGAAGAAAUGAAACGUUGUACACCAAAGAUAGCGUUACCGCGCGGCUACAUGAGGUGAAAUAUAGAGCGAAAUGAACUAUUUGACAGGUGAAAUAUCUGACAGGUUCAGCUAAAGGGUUGGGAGAGACACAACAUCCGCUUUCGAAAUUCACUUAAAAAGAAUAUCUUCUUAAGCAGAACAUUCCCUAAUUGGAAGAAAUUAUGAACUGUUGACUGAAAUUUGACGAAGUACUCGAUAUUGAAGUUAUUUAAUAGAUUUAAUUACGAUUUUGUGCACGUUAUUUGUUUGCUUUGCACAUCAGCUGGUUGCUGUGAUGCUAUAUCAGUCAGAUAUUUCGUCUGUCAAAUAGUUCAUUUCGCUGUAUAUUUCACCAAAUGUGACCUCGCGUAAUACCUCGGAGAAUAUUGCAGCGAACCAAGACUGCGAGCCAUUAUAACACCAUAUGCGUUUUUGUAUAAUUAGAAAUUACUAAUUGUUCAUUAUGAAAUGUUAAUGGAUCUAAGACAUAGAUGAAAUAACAUAAUAUUACAGGGGUUUCCAGUUUCAAAUGUAAACAUUGUUAUUUAUCGCAUCCUAGAUGUUUUUCGACAGCUGUCAAAUGGUGUAUUUGCUUCAAAAUGAAAUUUCAGUUUUUACACAUGCUUUUCAACAUAUAACAAAGAAUCGUCAAACUCAAUCCAGCUUGAGUCGUGUUGAAAAUCAUGCUGUAGAAAUUAAAAAUUACAGGGUUUUCCAAGUCAAUUUCGAAUGUAAACAAAGCUAUUCACCGCAUCCAAGAUGUUUUUCAACAGCUGUCAAAUGGUGAUUUUUGUUUCAAAGUGAAAUUUCAGUUUCAACACAUGAUUUUCAACACAUAACAAAGAAUCGUCUAACUCAAUCCAGCUUGAGUCACGUUGAAAAUCAUGGUGUAUAAAUUAAAAAUUAUUACGAUAGAAAUUAAAUGUCAGAUCAAUGUGGAACAACAUUUUGUAUGGGGCGAAUAACAAUGUUUACAUUCGAAACUGUCUUGGAAAACCCUAUAAUGAGAAUUCAUAGGCUACAUAUAAUUAAACCUUUAAAAUAUUACUUUCGAAGAAAACAACAUAUAUCGAUAGUUAAAUAAACGAAAUAUCACUUAAAAGAAUGCAACUGAAAUGUACAUUUUUAUGCGAUUGAAGGAAUCGUGAACAUGAAAAAUGUGAGUAUUUUACUAUGUUUGCUACAGAACAAACUGAAAUAUGAUGUUUUAUACAUCAAACUAUUCAUAAAAGCCUUUACCUAAUUAACCAAAUACACGAAGAAUGAUAAGUAGGUGAUCAAUAUGUUAAUUUUCACGCUACUUCUGUUUGCCCUUUUGUAUUGUACUUUUACAAAUAAAGA